AUGCCAGCUUGUACCACAAGGAAAAGGAAGCAGCAUCCUUUGAACUGUGACAACCUGUUAACAGAUGCUCCAACCAAGAAAUUAAUUUUGGACUUCACUGAAAAUAUAUUUCCAUCACCUAAUAAAAAGCACAUUUGCCAAAGCAGUGAUAAAAAUGAAGAAAAGGUGCAUUGCUCUCAACAAGGGCACUUCAUUUCAAGUCCUCUCAAAACAACUAAAAAAAAUAGAUCGCCAUCUGCAAAUCAAGUUUUGCCAUUUAAAUCUGCUGUGUCUACUGUAUCCUUUUACAACAAAGAUAAGUGGUACCUCAGUCCACUGGAGAGAAGGCUGAUACAAGACAGUAGAUCCAUUUGUCCAAAAACUAAGAGUGAAGAUAAGUCUUUUCCCAGUGUGACAAAAAAAAAAAAAACACAGGGAAAACCAGUUUACACCAAGAAGAUGAACAAAAAACCACACAAGAGUUUAACUCCUAAGUAUCAACCAAGUUAUAAGUACAUCAAGCCAGUUUCAAAGAAUUCUAAAAAUUCCAAGAAAAAUCAAGUGGCUUGUAAGCCAAUUGUGGAGAAAGAGAAUAACUGUUACUCAACUGAAAGUAAUCUGAAUACUCCUCGGGUUCUAAGCCAGAAAGUCAAACCACAAGUUACACUCCAGGGAGGAGUGGCAUUUUUUGUUAGUAGAAAAAAAUCCUCUCUUAGAAAAUUGCCUCUGCAAGAUAAACCAGUACUGGGAUUCACCCAAAAGAAUAAAUCAAAAGUAAUUAAAGAUUCUAAAAUAACUGUCAUUGAAAGAAGUUUUGAGACAAGGCAAAUGCCAAAGUGCCUGUUAUUAGAAAAGAAACUUAAAAAUGGAGCAAAAUUAAUAAAGGAUUCAUCAGGUGGAGUAUUUUCUUCAGAGGAAUGUAAGCCUGGUGAAAAUAAAUGUUUUCCCUCUGAAGAUUCUCUCAGUGAGAACAAGGCAGUUUCCCCUGAGUCCACUGUGUAUCCCAUCUUCAGUGUGUCUUCAGUCAGUACAAAAAGAUCUCUAGUUGAAGAACAGUCUUCUGUGGGAUCCAUCAUAUCUACUAACUCCUUGAAACAGACCAAUAAUCAAAAAAGUAGUAAUGCCAGAGACACAAAUAAAGAAACAAAAGAUCAGCUCGUCAUUGAUGCAGGUCAGAAACAUUUUGGAGCCACCAUGUGUAAGUCUUGUGGCAUGAUCUACACUGCUUCCAGCCCUGAAGAUGAACUACAGCACAUUCAGCAUCACCACAGAUUUCUGGAGGGAAUCAAAUAUGUAAGCUGGAAAAAAGAACGCAUAGUAGCAGAGUUUUGGGAUGGGAAAAUCGUGUUGGUCCUGCCACGUGAUCCAAGCUAUGCUCUCAGAAAGGUAGAAGAUGUCCAAGAACUUGUCGAUAAUGAAUUGGACUUCCAGCAAGUUGUUCCCAGAUAUCCAAACAAAAACAAAACUUUUCUAUUCAUAUCUGAUGAGAAGAGAGUAGUUGGGUGCUUAAUUGCAGAGCCCAUCAAACAGGCCUUCCGUGUCCUGUCUGAAACAACUGGCACAGAAUCUCCAAGCUCAACAGAAUGUCACAGGGCUUGGCAAUGUUCAAAUAUACCAGAACCUGCAAUCUGUGGGAUAAGUAGAAUCUGGGUGUUCAGACUGAAGAGAAGAAAACGCAUUGCAAGACGACUGGUAGAUACUCUCAGUAAUUGCUUCAUGUUUGGCUGUUUCCUCAGCACUGACGAAAUAGCAUUUUCUGAUCCAACACCAGAUGGCAAGUUAUUUGCAACUAAGUACUGCAACACCCCUAAUUUCCUUGUAUACAAUUUUAAUAGUAAAAUUCAAUUUCAACUAUAGAAGUUAUUGUAUGUAUGAGUUCAGAUAGUCCCGUGUCAUAAAUACAAACUAUUUAACAAGUAUCAAAAUAAAAAUACUAGGACACACACAUCCACACAAAAUUGCCUCAGUUUUGUUUCUUAUGAAUCGAAAACUCAAGGAUAAAUUUGUUGAAAAUUAUCUGGGCAUUUCAGAGAAAGGAAAAAAUCUUUGCAUGAUA